UUAUAAUAACCUAAAAUUAGAAAUUCUUGUUGUUCAUCUUCUUUCAUUUUUUGGGAUUGACAAAGGAGCAAGAUAAUGGAAGAAACGAAUGAUUAUGACCGCUAUUUGCCACUGUAUGAUGCAAUAGUACAAGGCCAACUGAUUACUGCGAAAGGAAUAAUUGAAAAGGAUUCUAGAGCGCUGACUGCUUUCAUCUCAGACAUGCAAGACACUGUUCUCCAUGUGGCAAUAGGAGCUGGCCACUCUAUUGCAUUGAUACAGUCUCUAAUCGAAAAAUUGCCAGCUGAUGCACUAUAAAUAAAGAAUUAUAAUGGUAGCACGUACCUUCACCAUGCUGCUACUUGUGGCAACAAAGAAGUUGCUAUGCUUCUGGUGGAAAAGAAUCCAAAAUUAACUCAAGCAACAAACGAUGAGAACCAGGUGCCACUCUGUGGAGCUGCUCAAUAUGGCCAUAAGGAAACUGUCAGUUUUCUUCUAUCAGGGACGAAGAAUGAGGAUCCAAGUCCUUUUGCUGGUGAAAGUGGUGUCAAACUUCUCCGUUACCUGAUAAUUGCUGAUUUUUACGACAUUGCAAUUGAUGUAUUGAACCGCUAUCCCGAAUUAGCACGUGAAUACCAAGAAGGUUCAACUGCUUUAGAUGCACUGGCGGAAAAAUCUAAAGUAUUUGCAAAUGGAAGCUGGCUUGGAUAUUGUAGGACCCUAUUGUAUCAUUUUUGUUCUGGUGAUCUUAAUUCAUCUAUGCUAUUCAUUGCAAAUUAUUAUUUUCCAUGA